AUGGCAGAUCCGCUCGCCCAACAGCGCUGGAUCGUGGCAGCUGGCAGCCUCGGGAUACUUUUCUCGAGCAUCUUUGAUUCGCCAGUACUCCUGCUACUGAUUCAGUACCAUAGCUGCAUUGGUUUUCAGCUGGAUAUCGGCCUGUUGGAGGAAUAUUUCAACCCAGAGCCAUGGCCCAGCAAUACCAUUUUCACUUCUACGGAGGACCCCCUGGAGUGCAGACUUCAAGCGGACCGCAACCUCCGGUUACAAUUCUUUCGACUCCUCAGGAAGCUAGCAGAGCUCGGUCGGUUUCGGUACACCCACCACCUCGAGCUCCGCUUCCAAUUCAACUCACACCGGGGGAGCCGGCCAAGUCUACUCACCCCAGCCGUGAGCGUCAUGAUCGCAGUCGCUCGAGACGACGACGGCGUCGACAUCAUCGGCAUGAACGUCACCCUGAGGGACCUCCCGCGGCCCCAGUUCGACCAGUUCUGCCUCCCCCUCAGCCUCCUACUCGACCACCAACAAGGCCCGAUUUUGGAGAACAAGGAGCCUGUCGCGGCAGCUGCCUCACCGGAGUUUCACAAGAACACGAACAGCUAUUUCAUGCUGCUCAUCGCAGCAGCUAUGAACAACUGCGAGAGCAAAUCACAGCUCGAGCCAAAGGUCGAUUUCUAUGAGGAGGGAAUGAGUUCUCUCUUGGCGUAUAUGUUCUUUGUUUUGCAUUAUCAUGAGAAUUUUCUCACAACUGAAGGCUUGCAUACGUGGCCUAUUAUCCCACAUUCUCAUAUGCGAAGAUUCACUGAUCGCAUCACUUUUACUCGGCAAUGUUCAUUGCCAGUUUCCAAAAUCCUCAAAGAGGAUGUUGAGGAUGUGCUGAAAUUUUUGUUGACCCGAUUUGGCCAGGCAGACCGACCUUUUCUGCCUGUGAUUCCUAUUGGCCAACGGGAGAUUGUCACUCUUGCCCGGUCCAUUUUGGCCAGCAAGAUACCAUAUAAGGCAAUUUUUCAGCAUGAUGCCAAGGCGUAUGCCAUGCCCCAAGAAGCAUUGCAUGUUUGGGAGUUUCCAGUGGCACAUAUGCCAGGACCUGAAGAGCAGACCAACUGCUAUUAUCUUUGGGGACACGGGACCACGGCCGAAGGCCUGGUCGGCAUCCUCACGUUGGGCAGGGUCAUUCGCUCUAGCGCCGAAGCUGUACAUGUGGCGCCGCACGAUCAUGUGUGCUCCUUUUAUGGCAAAGCCACACAAAACGUGUACUAUGAAGAGAGCAAGUUAGACUUCGUGUCAAAACUGCACCACUCCACGAAGAAUUCCGCAGGAGUGGUCGUUGGAGGAUAUCUUGGAUCUGCGCAUCACAAAUCCAAAUCCUCCAGUACUGUACAUGAAGGACACUUGUGCAAGUUCCACCCGCUUGUACACUCCCCUUCAGGAGAUAAGCGCUGGGCGGUACGUGAAGCCGCAGGGCGCAUCGACAAAAUUUGGAUUUUGUCAAGCACCCACUCCAUUACGUUGCCGAUGUCCACCCCCAACAAUCCCCGGCCGAUUACUUUUGAAACGGGGGAAGGACAGGAUUGGGGAGUCAGCUGGCCGGGCUUGGAGUACUCUGUACGAAGCACCGAAGCUUUACCGGUAUCCGAUGUACAGAGAGAGGCUUAA